GGCCCCGCCCCCGCCCUGUCACUAGUAACAACAGGCGGCGGCGCCGGCGGCGCCCCUCCCCCCGCCGGAACCGGCGCGCGGCCCCGCGCCGACAUGAGGCCAGAGCCCGGCCGGCCGCGCUGACGGGAGGCGAGCAGGCAUGGGUGAGCUCCCCUCGUGAGGAGGAUGUUCGGUGAACUUUCUUACGGCUCCCGCAUUUCUCGCCGGUCGCUUCUCAUCUCGAAGCGCCUGCGGCGUCGGUCCGCGGUGCCCUUCGGCUGGAGUCGGCAGGACGUCCCAGGAGUGCUAGUGUGAGAACGCGUUAGAGAAUAGAAAUCUGAAUUGAUCGUACUUAACUGCAGCUAUGGUGCAGAAGUAUCAAUCCCCUGUACGGGUGUAUAAACACCCUUUUGAGUUAAUUAUGGCAGCAUAUGAAAGAAGGUUUCCUACAUGUCCUCUAAUACCUAUGUUUGUAGCUAGCGACACCGUAAAUGAAUACAAGAGUGAGGACGAAGCUAUCCAUGUGAUUGAAAGGCGCUGUAAGCUGGAUAUAGAUGCACCACGGCUAUUGAAAAAGAUCGCAGGAGUGGAUUAUGUCUACUUUGUCCAGAAGAAUUCUUUGAACAGGCGAGAGCGGACUUUGCAUAUCGAGGCCUACAAUGAAACCUUCUCCAACAGAGUCAUUAUUAAUGAACACUGCUGUUACACAGUUCAUCCUGAUAAUGAAGACUGGACCUGUUUUGAACAGUCGGCAAGUCUGGACAUAAAAUCUUUCUUUGGUUUUGAAAGCACAGUGGAAAAGAUUGCCAUGAAGCAGUACACCAGCAAUAUUAAAAAGGGAAAAGAAAUAAUAGAAUACUACCUGAAGCAACUGGAGGAAGAAGGAAUAACCUUUGUUCCUCGUUGGACUCCUCCUGUUGCAUGUAAAUUGGAGAGCAGCGCAUCCCACACAAGACGACCAGUUUCCCCUGCCAUUAAUAUACCGGACUCUGCCACAAAGGAGGGCUUGAACAGCAAGGAGAUCCUCAACACCUCAAGCAGCCCUGCAGAGCCUACGGCAGGAACGCCUGAUGACAAGCUAGAUGCAGACUACAUCAAGCGUUACCUGGGUGACUUGACACCAAUGCAAGAAAGCUGCCUCAUUCGACUUAGGAAAUGGCUGCAGGAAACGCACAAGGGCAAAAUCCCGAAGGAUGAGCACAUUUUACGAUUUUUGCGUGCCCGGGACUUCAACAUUGAUAAAGCAAGAGAGAUUCUUUGCCAGUCGCUAACGUGGCGUAAACAGCAUCAGGUAGACUAUAUUCUGGACACCUGGAACCCUCCUCAAGUACUCCAAGAUUACUAUGCAGGAGGCUGGCAUCACCAUGACAAAGAUGGUCGCCCACUGUAUGUGCUGAGAUUGGGACAGAUGGAUACCAAAGGCUUAGUGCGAGCUCUUGGGGAAGAGGCCUUGCUUCGAUACGUUCUUUCUAUAAAUGAGGAAGGACUGAGGCGAUGUGAGGAGAACACAAAAGUAUUUGGCAGGCCAAUAAGCUCUUGGACCUGUCUAGUAGAUCUGGAAGGCUUGAACAUGAGGCAUUUGUGGAGACCUGGUGUCAAAGCAUUGCUAAGAAUCAUUGAAGUGGUUGAAGCCAAUUACCCUGAGACUCUGGGCCGUCUCCUUAUCCUGAGAGCACCACGAGUAUUUCCAGUUCUUUGGACGCUGGUUAGUCCAUUCAUUGAUGACAAUACUAGAAAGAAAUUUCUUAUUUAUGCCGGCAAUGACUACCAGGGUCCUGGGGGACUGCUGGAUUACAUUGAUAAAGAAAUUAUCCCUGAUUUCCUUGGUGGAGAGUGCAUGUGUGAAGUUCCAGAGGGUGGGCUGGUUCCCAAGUCCCUCUACCGGACAGCAGAAGAGUUGGAAAAUGAAGACAUAAAGCUUUGGACUGAAACAAUAUACCAAUCUGCAAGUGUCUUCAAAGGAGCUCCGCAUGAGGUUCUCAUUCAGAUUGUGGAUGCCUCGUCUGUGAUCACAUGGGAUUUUGAUGUGUGUAAAGGCGACAUUGUUUUUAACAUCUUUCAUUCCAAGAGAGCCCCACAGCCGCCUAAAAAGGACUCUCUGGGAGCUCACAGUAUUACAUCUCCUGGUGGGAACAAUGUCCAGUUAAUAGACAAAGUCUGGCAGUUGGGACGCGAUUACAGCAUGGUGGAGUCUGCCCUUAUCUGCAAAGAAGGGGAGAGUGUGCAGGGGUCACAUGUGACCAGAUGGCCUGGCUUUUAUAUUCUCCAGUGGAAAUUUCACAACAUGCCUGCCUGUGCUACAACCAACCUGCCUCGUGUGGAUGAUGUACUAGCAUCUCUGCAGGUCUCCUCUCAUAAAUGUAAAGUGAUGUACUAUACAGAAGUAAUAGGAUCAGAAGAUUUCAGAGGAUCUAUGACCAGCCUUGAAUCAAGCCACAGUGGAUUCUCCCAGCUCAGUGCUGCCACAACCUCUUCCAGCCAGUCCCAUUCCAGCUCCAUGAUUUCCAGGUAGUGCCACAACAGAUGAAAAGCAAAUGGAUGAGAUGGCUGGACCCUCGCCUGUGGCAGCUGACUGCAAUACAGCAUUAUUCAACUGGCAAUUGCAAAAAAAAAAAAAAAAAAUCGAAAAAGAAAAAAACCCACAAAAUCAAAAGCUUUUUAUAGAUAGUAAAGUAGCUGUUUGAAUUUUAAACUUAGUGGUUUUGGUCCCUGUUAGAUCCAACAGCUCGUCUCCUAACUUUAACCCUUUAUCCUAACUCAGCCAUAGAUAUUUUUGCAAGUACGCUUGCAACUUUGAACACGACUUUGAACACAAGGGCUCUCGUGGAAGGAAAAAUAAUCAGUGCAUCAGUUAAGAAUAAUUUUUCAAAUUGUGUAUAUGUUAAAAAGCAAAAAAGAGAAACCCUACCAAAAAUGCUCCAUAGUGCAUUAGAAAUCAACUGCAAGUCUCCUGUCAGGACAUUCUUUGUCACCUUAUGAAAUCCCCCAUGAUCUUCCAGUGCUGCAAACUGUCCUCCCAUUGCCACUAAGUGAUGUCCGAGACAAAGGAAAGCAGUUGCUGGAUACUUGAUUUUUGAGUCCAUUUUUUUCAAAGCGUGCCCACGGAGCUGUGGACAGGCUAUUAACACUAAUACCUUUUGUAUGAGCACAUUGUUGGGGAAUUUCAGCUCUGGGUAUUGAUGGGUUAAAGCAAUUCACAUUCUUUCCUUGGAUUUGCACUUGAAGCACUGUGGAGAGAGAGGCAGAGAGCAGGCUCUCCCUCGCUGUGUCACACUGGACUGGCCCAGACUUGGUCUGGAGAUUUGUUCCCAGUUUUGUGCUGGAGCCUCACUCCACUUACCCUAGUACACUCCACAUGAAUUCAUUUUAGUGAGACUCUGCUGUUACCAGGAAUAUAAGCAGAGUCUAAGCUUGCUUUUUAGAUCAGUCCAAAGGAGGUAUGGCUUACAUCCUUCCUGCGCACUUCUCAGUCCCUGCUGCCUCCUAUCCUUCCCUGUGUAUAUCAGAAAAAAGCAGAGCUUUACAUAGACAGGGAGCACAGGGAUCUUCAUUAUAAGUGAUAAAGAAACUCUCAGCAGUGCCUACUCUACCAUUUUCACUGUUGCUACUGCCAGUAGUGAAUUGCCAUUGUGGAUUUUUGUCCCUGCUAUACCCAGGCCCAAGCAAUCCUACUUGAACUCUUUUUUGUAAAGUUAGUUCAGAUAUUCUUCCACUCUGGGCCCCCUCUCCCAGGCACAGCAACGAGUUACUAAAUCUCCAAGGCACAAAAGACUUAAGUGCUGAGCAAAAGGGCAUCAUCAUGCAACGACAGACCAUAAUCUGGCAGUGGAGCCCUGAAGAUUUCUGUGUGGAGCACAGCAGGAGUUGCCUAGUUAGACCACUGGUCUGUCCUUACCCCCUUAAAGAGCUCAACUCUUCCCCUAGGCAAAAGGAGCUGCUGUUGCUGCUGCAGACCUUGCUAUAAAGCUAGAUAGGCUCUUUAAAGUCUUGCAGUAGUCUUGAGGAGACAGUAGUGGUGUUGGUAAUUGGGAGAGGAGCUUGCUGAGGUCUUGCAUUUUCAAAGCAGAACUCAAGAUACUGGAUGCCCUGCCUGAGGAAAGCUGGUCCUGAACUCAGUGUAAAUAUAUUUUUUUUUAACUGCAAAGCUUCUGAGAGGCAGGUUACUAACCUCUAACUAGAAACACCUCUUCUGCAGACCAGUUCUGGCCAUGCAACAUGGCAAAUAAAGCUGACAAAGCUUUACUUUAGUAACAGUGCUGAGAAGCAAGUCUCCUUAAACUUACCAGACUGGUCAAUUUUGUCUUUCUUUGCCUUUAAAACAUGGAGAUGGAGGUUAGACUGUUGCCUUGGCUGCCAAAACCUGCUGUUGUGGGGGGCAGACCACUGCUUAGGUGUUAAACAGCUCCCCCCUAGCGUCUGCACAGCAGGCAGAGCCACAUGCUGUGGUUCUCAUGCUGCUUGUGUGCGCUGUCUGUCUAGUAGGAAGCCAGCUCGCUGAAGAGGUGGCUUGAUUCUUGACAUGCAGGAGCCAGUAUUCCCAGGCAUGGGGGAGCUAAUGCAGGAGAAGAAACGAUCAGAUUUAACUUAACGUCACUUGUGGCUCUUUCCAAAUGCCACUUUCCAUUUACUGGGCUCUAAGGGUUCUACCUUGAAGAUGGUCCCCUUUCUUUCUUUCUUUCUUUUUUUUUCUCUCUCUCUCUCUCUCUCUCCCUCUCAGAUGGCGAUUUUGCUGACAACUGUAAAGAAACUGCUUCAUUCAACACUCCACAUCUGUCCAGAGGUGUCUGGCUUUGUAGACCUUUUGAGUUGCAGCCACUUCUCAAGUCUGAAGAUCAGUUUUGUUUUUCACUUGAGCUGGCUCAAAAGUGGCACUUUGGGUUUUUCCUCCUGUAAAUCUAACACAUCUUUCAGAGCUCAAAGCACAUGACAGCACAAACAGCUGGGGAGAUAAAAUUCCAGAAAAACAAGACUUAAUUCUCCUCUAAGUGAAGUGCUGUGCAAUAUGACUUGAUCAUUGCAGUGUGACUAAUUUCCCAUAGCCUGGUCUUUUUUUUCUGUGUGAUAUUAUUCCUAUUCUUAGUUCUCUCUGCCAAUGACCGUUCUGUUGGCUUUUUUUCCCCCCUGUUAUCAGUGUCUUUCUGCACUUCCCUGUCUAUAUUCAUAAAUUGCAUAUCAGAUUCUGUAAAUGUUUUGUAUACAUAAUACCUCAUUCUUGGUAAUAAAAUACAAAUAGUCUUUAAAAGAUUUUUUUUAUUGUUAUCAAUAAUAAAUGUGAACUGUUUGGAAAAAAA